AUGGCUCCAACUAGUAGCGUGGGCCGCACAGCCACGCAAGGGUCGAAAGGGUCUGGAUUGUUCGAAGACGAGGAAUCAACCGGGGCUAUCGAUGUAGCGCCAAUAUCGAUUCGAAAGAGAAAGGCGUCUGAUUCUGGUUCCGUCCUGUCACCAACAAAAAAUGCCGCCACCCGUCAAAAGACGACCAGGGCGUGCGAUUCAUGUAAGACCAAAAAAACUAAAUGCACAGGCACGCUUCCAUGCACAAGGUGUACGCGCCUAUCGCUGCCAUGCGAAUAUAAUGCAGCUUACUCGAGAGGCUUGCCACCAGCGCCUUUACCUGCUUCGCCCACUACCCCCGUGGCGCCGGACCAGCGGAGGUCCUCCGAUGCUAGGGUGUCAGGCGGUUCCCGCUCCAGAGGCAGUGAGGGGAAUCCUUCUAUCAGGGAUUCUGUGAGUAGUUUCAGGGCUACUGCGAGUCAUAUUGAUCAUGCGAUCUCGUUACGGAAUUCACCGGAGCCUGGAUCUACGGAUUUUGAAGGAAAUUAUCUUGGUCCCGCGUCCGGGGUUUCGUUUAUUAAUCGUGUUUGGAGGCGCUUGUAUCAUGAUGAGACGCGGAUCCCUGAUGAAAUUCAGAAUGAGUCGUCGAAGAAUACUGGGGUGUUCAUGUUUGGUGAUAAGCCGUAUGUCUAUCAUGCGAACUCGGACUUUGAUUUGCCGUCCAUUGAGAAGGCCAUGGAACUGAUUGCUAUCUACUUUGACUUCUCCAUGGUUACUUACCGGUUUUUACAUCGAGGCAAUGUAGAGGGCUGGGUUCGGCAGAUGUAUGAGGAUGACAUCUCUAUAUCAAAUCUUCCUGUGGGGAAUAUGCUGGCCCGCACCGCGAUUGUUCUUAUGAUUUUUGCCGUAAGCACACUUCAUCAAGAUCCUCAACCUGGGGAUGUGAUGAAUGUCCAUAGUAAAAGUGAACAUUGGUUCACAGUUUCCAAAUAUUUGACCUCGCUGGAAUCGGGUCCUCCGCGGUUAGAGACUAUUCAGGUACGAUUGAUACAGUGUCUCUAUCUCCUAUCGUCCUCUCGAGCCAAUGAGUGUUGGUACUCGUUUGGAACCGCGUUGCAGGUCGUGACAGCACUUGGCCUUCAUCGCAAGUGGCCCGCUAAACGGUCAAAAAAGGGAUGUUCAUAUCUUGAGCUUGAGCUUCGAAAGCGAAUAUUUUGGAGCGUAUAUACACUAGAUAAAUAUCUAAGUAUUAUGUUUGGACGCCCUCGACUGCUUCAUGAUGAAGACAUAGAUCAAGAGUUGCCGGAUGAGAUGAAUGAUGAGGACCUGUUAGAAGAAGAUCCAACGCGCCGAACAGGAUCUACAGACAGCAUGAUGAUUGCCUCUGUCCUUCAUUAUCGGCUUGGUCGUAUACUGGGCGAAAUCUCCCGCCAACUCUAUAGCAUCAAUCCCCUUUCUGGUGCUUCACCACUUGACACCGCCAUUCGCCUUACAUCAGAACUAGAAAGAUGGAAGGAAAGUGUUCCUCCUCUCUUCAACAGCGUCCGACCUACCAGCUUAAUCCCACCACUAUGUCGCCAGAGUCAAGUUCUGCAACUAGCCUAUUCUCACGCCAUGAUUCAUGUCACCCGGUCAUUUCUCCUAAGCGACUUCACCGAUCUUAGUCGCCGACCACGAGAUCCUUCAUCGAUGGCCAGCACACAUGUACAAAAGUGCAUCCAAGCAGCCGAAGACACGAUGACGUUAAUAGAUGGUCUGGCCCAGCAACAAGUAUUCAUCCAAUCAUUUUGGUUCACACAUUAUGUGUGCUUCUGUGCGAUUCUCGUCGUCUACAUCCAUAUCAUCCAGCAGCACCGCCAAUCCACAGCCCCAAGUCCAUCGGCGGGAAGCCCUGCAGAUCCAGAUAAAAUGCACUAUCUCUUUGUUCUGGCACAGACAUGUCAGCAGCAUCUUGCUGAAGCAACACGGAAGAAUUGUCCUAGUCGGCGAUAUAGCAUUAUUCUUGAGGAGCUUAGACGUGAAGUGCAUCGUCAAAUUGGAUCAGAUGAUCAGGCUAGUAGUAUCGAUCAGACACCUGCUGCGUCUGAAGCACGUCAUCUGGUUCUGAGUCCCGGAAACACGAAGGGGCUUGAUAGAUCCGUUCAUUUCGAUGCGCAGAGUCUUGAUUUUGCGAGUAUGCCGGCCAUGUUACAGCCUCCUGAGCUUGGUAUCAACCCGAUAGAGGAUGCAGGACUGCUUGAGAGUCUUGAGGGGUCUAUUUGGUGGGCUCAGCUUGAUUCAUGGGUAUGUUUUGUCACUUGUUCUGUGUCUCUUCGAGAUGGAUAUUUACUGAUUCCUUUGCAGGCUCUGUCAAGUUUCCCAAGUGACCCGUCUGGUUUCAAUUUCUAG